AUAAUCAACAUAAGCAGCCUCAAGCUUCAUCACCGCCUCUUCCAACCGCAAAACCUUCGAAGCACUCGCUUGUGCUCCGGAGAUAAUCAACUACGUCGCGAUGGCCUACGCUGAGCUUGUGCUCGUCCCAACCCCCGGCAUGGGCCAUCUCGUAUCAAUGGUCGAAAUGGCCAAGCUCCUCGUUGACUGCGACCCCCGCCUAUCCAUCACCGUCCUCAUCAUGAAGCUUCCGAUCGACUCCGAAGUCGACUCUUACACGAGCUCACUUGCGACCUCCAUGGAUGCCACCCGCAUCCGCUUCGUCCACCUCCCGCGUGUGAACUCAGACCCCGAGAUCUCCUCGGGCACUUUCCUCACCCACUUUAUGGAAAGCAACAAGCCCCACGUCAAGCAGGCUGUCGCCGACCUCGCCGACUCGGCUGGCUCGAUCCGGCGGCUCGCGGGGUUCGUUAUCGACAUGUUCUGCACCACCAUGAUCGAGCUGGCGGACGAGUUUGGAGUCCCGUCCUACGUCUUCUUUACGUCGAGCGCAGCAUUCCUUGGGCUAAUGUUACACCUCCAGUCGCUCCAAGACGAGCAACACAUGGACAUUACCAAAUUCAAAGACUCGGACACUGAGCUGGACUUCCCGAGUUUAGCGAACCCGUUGCCGGCCAAGGUCUUGCCGUCCGUGGUUCUGAUAAAGGAGGCGGUCCAACCAUUCCUGGAGCAUGCCAAGAGGAUAAGAGCGGUCAAGGGAAUUAUCAUUAACACGUUCGAUGAGCUCGAACCACACGCAGUGGGGUCCUUGGCCAGCCUCGGGGCGCCCACGGUGUAUCCCGUGGGGCCCAUAUUGAAUUUGAAGGGAGAGACUAAAACGAAGGCUGACGGUGGCGGCCGGGGCGACGAUAUCAUGGAGUGGCUCAACGAGCAACCGCCUUCAUCGGUGGUUUUCUUGUGCUUUGGGAGUCGGGGGAGCUUUCGCGAGGACCAGGUGAAGGAAAUUGCCUACGCGCUGGACCGGAGUGGGCACCGCUUCCUAUGGUCCCUACGACGGCCGCCAUCAAAGGGCAAGUUCGAUUUACCACGUGACUACACGGACCCCGCGGAGGUCUUGCCGGAGGGGUUCCUUGAACGGACGGCCGGUGUUGGAAAAGUGAUUGGGUGGGUCCCGCAAGCCGCAGUCCUGGCCCACCCGGCAGUCGGGGGGUUCGUGUCGCACUGCGGAUGGAACUCCACCCUAGAGAGCAUUUGGUUCGGCAUGGCGGUGGCCACGUGGCCCCUAUAUGCAGAGCAACAGUUCAACGCAUUCGAGCUGGUGGCGGAGCUAGGCCUUGCGGUGGAGAUCAAGAUGGACUACAGGAGGGAUUUUCUGAUGGAGAGUGACUUUGUUGUGACAGCAGAUGAAAUAGAGGGUGGAAUAAAGAAAUUAAUGGAGGACGCUAGCAGCGAGAGAUGGAAGAAGGUGAAAGAGGUGAGUGAGAAGAGUGGGAAGGCAUUGAUGGAGGGUGGCUCUUCUCAUUUGGCUUUGGGUCAUUUGGUUGAGGACAUCUUGAAUAAUAUGCCUUCAUUAAGGUGACUCCAAUUGUUGGAAUCUUUAGCAUUUUAGGUGUAUCCACGUUGAAUAAAAAGAGUUGACUCUCAUAGCACUAGAUCAAUUUGUACUCAUAAAGGUGAGCUUACCUGCAGUCAAUGUAAAAGU